AAUGGCUGUUGUGGAGGCUGCAAUUUAGACAGAAGGUGUAGGUAGAUUUGAAUAUUAAGAUGGUACAGUGUAUGAAGGUCAAUGGAAAUUGAUAGAAGGUAAGAAAGUGAAACAUGGUAAGGGACGAAUAGUGAUAGCAAGUAUGAAAUAUAGGAAUGAUAAAAAGGUUCAUUGUCUACAGACAACGAUUUGAAAGAAGAAUACAAUGGAGAAUUCGAGAAUGAUUAAAUGUGUGGAGAAGGUGUUUACAUAUACAAAUCAGGUGCUAUUUAUAGAGGACAGUUUCGAGAUAAUAGACAUAAUGGAAUUGGAUUCUAUUAAUUUCCUGAAGGUUGUACAUAUGAAGGAGAAUGGGUAAAUCAUAAAAUGCAUGGAGAAGGAGUGUUCAUUGAUAAAGAAGGUAAUAGAUGGGAAGGAGAAUUUGUCGAAGGAAUUUAUCAAUCUAAAAUGUAGAAAUAACUUAAGAUGGAAAAGAUGUUGAAUAAAAAAGAAGCAGAAAUAAAAGAAAAUGCAUCUCAUUUCUUUAAUCGUUUUAUAGAUGCAUAUGCACAUUCAGAUAAAAAAACAAUGAAAGAUAAUAUGAGUCCAUUCUUUGCAACAACAGAAGAUAUCAAAUUAUAUGUAAAGGAACCAUAUCCACAAUUUCCAGAUCGUCCUCCUGAGAAAUGGGAAGCAGGAAUUAAAUUCUUAUCAACAGGUUCUUUGAAUAUACCUCGUUCUAAUACUGCAGCUAAAAUUCUUGAUCCCUAAAAUAUUUUAGCUGCUUAAUUCAGUGGAGUAGGUUAAGUGGCAGAAGUUUAAGUGCAAGAAAACACUAGAAUUGUUAGAUUAGCUAUAUGUAAUACUGCUGAAGACAAAUGGGUUAUUGUAUUCUAUCAUGAUAAUGAAGAACAAGAGAUUAAGAAAAAGAAGUGAA